GUGCUUAGGGAACCCCCGUCGGGCUUUCUGAGACUGCUCACAUUUUUUGUGUGGGUUCGAAAAUAAGCAAAACGUAUAUUGUCUUUGAAUUUAAGGAAAUGAGUCAAGCACGUAUUGGAGCUACCGUCUUCCGUUUGGCAGCAAGACACUGUCCCCGUGUCAGAGCUACUGUUGUACGCCAGGCUUUGCUUUCGACAAGCGCUGCAUCCCGACCGCAAUGGCCAGUAAGGUUGCGGACCACACGUUGGAGGGGAUAUUGGAUGUUUUGGAAACCAUCGGCGAUGAGCACGAUAUUGCCGGCUAUGACGUUGAGUACUCCCAAGGGGUCUUGACGCUGAAACUGGGAUCCGGUGGCACUUAUGUGCUCAACAAGCAACCUCCUAACAAACAAAUCUGGCUGUCAUCGCCAAAGAGUGGUCCCAAGCGAUAUGAUUACGACACAGCCAGUGGGAAAUGGUUCUACGCUCGGGACAACCAUACCAUAGACGAGGUGUUGAACAAUGAACUGUCAGAUAUCCUUGGGUUUGACGUCAAGUUAUUAGAAUAAUACGGGCCCUGUGAAGGGUCUUGGCGGAAAAAAUAAGAGAGACAAACGGGUCAUACACACCCCCAUUCUGAUUGUUUAAAAAAACGCUACUUGUACUGUUACAUUAUUUUCAUUGUUCAGUUCGCUACAAAGCAAUUAAUAGAGAAAUCUCCAGCCUACUACAAUGUAUACGAAACAGCAUGAAAAAUGAAAUAGGUUGGAUAAAAGAAACAAAC